GACCCGCAGCUUCCCAUAGCAACCUUCAUUGCAUUACAUUGUUACUCUUCAUUCCACACUUUUCUUCGGAAUGGCACGAAAGAUACCUCCAGUGUUAGUUUCUUACUCACCACAGGCAAUAUCAAAACCAUCAGUCGGUCUUAAACAUAGCGCACAACACAUACCAGCUCCUUGGGAACGGAUUAAACCUGUAAGUCAGCACCAUUUACUUAUAGCUGCAUAUUUCGACGAAACGUGGACACAAAAAGUUCUUGCCGAUGAAAAAAUCGGUUUCCUUGCAAGGAGAUAUCUAUUCAACCCUCGAUUUGAGCCCACACUUCGAGAAAGAAUCCCUAGCAAAUACGCUUUUCGCAUGGAUUGGCUUUUGAAGCAACUUUCGGACGAACAAGGCAGUUUCUCAAUACAUCCUUUUGAGGGCGAACCUGAAUAUAAUGUUCAUACAGAUACCCAAACUGUUAGAAUAAAUGUGGAAAGAAAUAGGAGCAGCGCAUAUAUCCCGAUAACAUCACAGCCUUUCGUUGAGCUCAAAAGGUCCCUACUUCGUAAGGUCGAAAAGGAAUUUCCUUCGAGUAAGAUUGUUGGAAAGAAACCUGAGGGAUGGUUGCGUACUUGGUCAAAUCUCCCGGAGAGACCUUCAAAGCUUUUCUCCUUUCCUACAAGAGGACGCCCGAAUGACGUUCUCAAUGAUCUGGAAGAUAUCAGAGUCGAGUUGGAAAGAAUUGGCCCAGCUCGAAUAAAUGGCUUCAAACUGAUGCAUUUCAAGACCAAACGCUUCACAGGACAGCACGAUGAGACUACUAUUAAGUAUUAUCCGUUCAAGGAUUGUUUGGAGGGCUACCGAAAUCGUCCUUCCUACAAUAAAGAGUCGUGAGAUAUGCACUCAACAUGAGCGAUUCAUCAGAUGAUAGGCCUUUCCCUGGACUGCCGUUUAAUGCUCGGUGAUCUACGGGAACUUGAUGACUUAUAACCGGUCAAAAACUAUCGCGACACCUUGAAACCGCUUCAAAUGUCGAUUUUGGUCCCUUACAUUGACCUAAUCAUAAGUUCAUAACACCAUAUACUCUAGUAUUUUCAGCCAUGAGUAAUCAAGUCAAUGAUCAAGGUACUACCAAUGCCUGGAAAAACUCAUGAUAUAAUACGUCGCUAUCGUGACGUAAAUCAUACUCCAAUUUUCAUCAUGUCCGGGAUAUUGGGUUCAGAAAGGAGUGACAGCGCUGAAAAGACAUUCUAAAGGCGAUAGGAAGAGCGAGUGGCAUAUGCCGUUGUAUAAUAUCAUGAUUCACUUCAUUCAACAAACAACAUAUCCAGAAAACCCUUGAUACUCAUACAACUGGUUGUGCUGGGACCUAGUCUUGUUUUACUGAUACUGGUAAAUAUGUGCAGAACUCGUCUUCA